AUGGGCAGAGCUAUGGUGGUCAGACUGGGGCUGGGGUUGCUGCUUCUGGCACUGCUCCUACCCACGCAGAUUUACUGCAACCAAACAUCUGUUGCACCGUUUUCAAGUAACCAGAGUAUCUCUACUGCCCCAAAUCCAACUAAUGCCACCACCAGAGCAGGUGGCAGUUCCCUGCAGUCAACAGCUGGUCUCCUCGCCAUCUCACUUUCUCUUCUACAUUUCUACUGUUAGAGACUCAGUCCAAGAAACGUCUCUACUUCCCCAUCUUCUAGACCCAGCCCAAAUGGUAACCCCAAGUCCAGUGUGACCCGGAAGAAACAGGUCCACAUCAAAUCUACUAUUAUCACACCUCAACAGAAAACAUUGAAAAUUCAUGUGAAGGGUAUGACAGAUGAUGAAUGCCAAUAUUGAAUCCGCUGGAGUUUUAUGUUCAAGAUGAAGUGAUAACAUCCAAUGUUGACGUGAUUGCCUUGAACGAGGCUUAGGAAAUGCGGACACUUGGUCUAUAUUGAAAUCAAGCAUAGGUUUUAUGUAGAAAUGAGGAUGGAAUGUGGGAUGAAGAUUCAGUUUUCAUUGGCUCAUUACCUGUGAGGCCAUAACACAGCUAGGUGACAUUAAAGGUUUCCUUGAUGUUAUUUAUGUAUAUGUUGGAAGGAACUACCAGGUGUUACUUUAAAUCCUCAAUGUAUUGUUUCAUUACUACUAAUUUAAUAUGCUAAACUCUAGGUAAAGUUCCACAUUGUUGAGCUGUUCUCUUUGAAAUUGAACAUUUUACCCCCUCCUUCUGUGGCUUUAAGUUCAGUUUAUAUUUGACCUUUAUUAGUAAUUGACAUGUGCCAGGCAACUAUGGAUUGGAAUCGACCCCCAAAUCCAGCCAUCAUUGAAUAAAUCUUAUUUCAAAAGUCAAAUAGUAGGCAUUUUCCAUCAUCUUUUUUCACUCAACACGAGUGCCAGGUUCACUUAACUGGUUCCAUCAGCAGAAUUACAUUGACUUUAGCCAAUUUCAGUUGCUGCUUUUUAUUUCUGCAUAUGUUGAGGGGUUUUCAUGAUUUAAGGUGUGGUCUGUUAGGAAGGUAAAAUUAUGAAUCUUGAAAUCCUAAAGGCAAAUAUGCAAAGGAGCCAAAAUCAUAAACCUAGUAUUUGGGACAUGAAGACUGGACGCUAACUUGCAUUGAAUUCACAAAGUCUUUUAUACAAUUUCUGUAAAUACUUUUUUUAAAAAGAGAAAAACAAAACAAUGGAUCAGAAUAGCCACAUUUGGAAUACUUUGGUUAUCAGUUCAUAUUUUUAGAUAGUUUGACAUUGGUCCUGUGCCUGAAAGGGGGUUUGGUUCUACAGUUAAGUUUUUCCAACAGCUUUCAUAUACACAUACCUUCUAUAACAUAGACAUUCCUUGGAAAAAACCUUUUGUUCGCAUGGUCACACACUGAUGCUUACACAUUCUGGGAUCUAAUAUGACCACAGUAGUCUUGAUAACCAGAGUCACUUUCUCCAUCUUUAGAAACCCACCUGGGAACAAGAAGACCUCAGACCCGAAGCUACUGUGUGUGUGAAUGAACAUUCCUCUCACCACCUACCUGAAUGCUGUACGUCUAUUUGAUUGUAUAUUGUGUUUGUGUAUUUAUGCUUUGAUUCAUAGUAACUUCUCAUGUUAUGGAAUUGAUUUGCAUUGAACACAAACUGUAAAUAAAGCAAAGAAA